GCCUGCGAGCGGGAUCCUCAGUGUGGCAGCGGGACCUGCUGUGCUGUCAGCCUCUGGCUGCGGGGGCUGCGGAUGUGCACCCCCCUGGGACAGGAGGGGGACGAGUGCCACCCCUUCAGUCACAAGGUCCCUUUCUUCGGGAAGCGCCAGCACCACACCUGCCCCUGUUUACCCAACUUCAUAUGCUCCAGGUUCCUCGCCGGCCGCUACCGCUGCUCCAUCGACUUCAAGAGCAUUGAUUUUUAG